AUGGAUUCCGUGGAGCCGCAUUCGCAAGCGGAAGGUCCCCGUGAAUCUCCCCAGAUAGCCGGCCUCGACAGUUCUAGGAGCCCUAGUUCCUCUGAGCCUGUCCAGGCAGGCAUUCCGGACUCCCGCAAAGAUGGUUCAUCGUCUUCCGCUUCAUCCAUGGCCACUUCCGUCGCUGGUGGCUCGACUGUGCGGGAAGAAGUCCAGGAUCAGGAAUACAAGGCUCAAGGGCAAGGUUCCCCCAAUUCAGAGGUACCUCCACGCAAGAGGUCGAAGGUUUCGCGUGCGUGCGACGAAUGCCGGCGCAAGAAAAUACGCUGCGAUGCUCUACUUGAUCACACAAACACCCAUGUGACCAAGAUGUGCUCAAACUGCGAAAAGAGCGGCGACGUGUGUUUGUUCACCCGAGUGCCCAUGAAACGAGGCCCCUCGAAAGGUUAUACAAAACUCAGUGGAGAUAACAGCAACCAGUCGGCAGGUAAAACCUCACCACGACUGCGUACCCCGUCUCAUGGCAGCUACCCGCAGCUUCAGGGAAUAGGACAGCAACAGCUUUCUCCAGGCCAGCAGCAUGCUCCACUGUUCUCUCCAAACUCAAGCUCUGGAAGUGGGACGCCUGCCUAUCAAGCGUCGCAAAGUCCGCAGGUUAUCCUGCCUCCCCUCAACACCCAUAUAUUGCCACCUUUGCGUGGCAGAUCCUCGUCUCUAACCUCGGCAGGUCAGACAACACGCCAGCAGCCUAUGUUCUGGAAGGUACCCUACGAAAUGCCAGCAUUUGAAGGCAGAAGAGACUCUAUUGAUUCCAUUUCGUCUUCUAUCAGUGGCUCCUUCCCCCUUUCUGCCCGGCCAUCCAUUCAAGGAAACUCGCCUAAACUGGCUCCUAGUUUUGGUUUGGAUAAUCUACCGACAUCGGAUUCCGAAGAUGAGUUUCUGAACAAUAAUUCUUCCCGGCUCGCAAGGCCAAGUUUCCAGGUGCCCCUUGUUUCUACUCGCUCCAAAGAAGGUACCGUGAGCCCUGUGCCUUCUCAUAAUAGUUUGCAGAGUCUGAACCAGAACUUUUCUCGACUUGCGAUUCCUGCCCCCCAGUUCAAGACUGCCCAUCUGUUGAAAUCAAUUGACCAUAAUCUGGACGUCUAUUUUAGCAAGUUACAUGCGCAGUAUCCUAUUCUGACGGAAAAAGGACAAAUACAAGAGAGUCUCGAGCAACUUCAAACGGAUGAAUAUGCCACUGUUUUGGAACUAUUUAAUUACUCACUUCAAGUUCUCAAUUCUGUGGACGCAAACUUUGAUUUCAAUGUCAUUGUUUCGAGCUUCCAGCAGAUAUCCCUAAUUUAUGCAUCCAAAUCCUUCAUUAACAACAAUGUCCACGCCAAGACACUGUUUCUCCUAACCUUUGUGCUACUCAACUACACCGUGAUUCUAUCUGGCCACGAAUACUCCAUCGGUUUCACAAUCUCGUUUUCGAUAUUCAACGACUGGAAGAUUUAUAAGGAACCAUCAUCGUCGCCGCUUUUCCGUGCGUUCAUGCAUUUAGUCGUGUUGGACAACAUAUUCGCGCUGUCGUUUGGAACACCAAGAAAUACAAGUCUCGCGUUCAAUCAAUCUUAUCUUCACGAAUAUGCAAAGAGCUUAAAAGCCUCAGAAUCAGAGUCAUUAGAAUACGUGACCGUUGGACUAAACCUUCUGCUUCUACCUCCCACAGACCCCACAACCAGCAUACCUAUGGAGUCCAAGCUGUAUCUUCUGAACGACAAAUACAAAUUUUUAAGCAUUCUGGAGGCAGAAAGCGAUAUAUGUUGUUUGAUCCGGAAUUUUAGCUCUUCCCUGGAGAACCUAAGGACCACAGAGGCAGACGAUUUUGUUUUCGAUCUCCAACUCGAAUUCUCAAAGCUCUGCAAAAGACUCAUUUACCUGAUUGACGAACAGGUGGACGAUCUUGAGCUUUUGAAAAUACAACCGCUUCUGCCCCUAUACGUGUUAAAAUGCUUCAAAAUCCUUCUUUCCUUGAAGUCACUCAUCUCCUCUCUUAUCAGCUUCAACAUUACCAUCAGCAACGACGAUUUCAAAGAUAGACUUGCAAAACUAAUAGACACGAUAGAUGCAAACAUGGAGAGGCUUCGUCACCUCCGCACCACUAUUCCUUUCCUAAAGGUUCUAAUCUCAUCGUUAAAGAUUAGGACGGCAGAAACGCUACUGCUCCCUGCCUUAACCGAAAAACUUCCCCUAUUGCAAAACUGGUGCCGCCAAUCCAGUUCUCUACUGCAUUCUACACUCACCAGAGAUUACUUUGAAGGAUGGUAUUCAUAA